UCUUAUCUUUAUACUCUUCCCACUCUACAAGCUUCUUUUAUCUUUCAUCCUCAUUGGCUGCGGUUUUCAACAUAACCGAAACAGUAACUGAUGAAUUGAGUGAACCAAUUCCUAAACACAAUCACCUGAGUGAUAAGGAAAGAAUUGCAAAGAUUCACUCCAUUUUUAACUCUUUUGCUUUGGAGCUCACUCUAGUACAUAGGUUUUGCUUCACUUUUUCCUAAGAUGGAUUACGCAUUUUUGCUUUCUGGGUGCUUUUGAAGCCCGCAUUCUUGAUGGAACUUGUUUUUACCAAAUGGGCAUGCACAUUUUUACUGUGUUUUUGUCUCGUCACUUCUAGAGUAUAUUCAGUGGAGGGGUUACUUGGAGAUUCUAAAGUUAGAGGAGUGAACUUAGGUGGGUGGCUGGUUAUUGAAGGUUGGAUUAAACCCUCAUUGUUUGAUGGCAUUGCCAAUGGAGACUUGCUUGAUGGGACAGAGGUGCAGUUUAAGUCAGUGACAUUACAGAAAUAUGUAUCUGCAGACGAUGGGGGAGGAAUGAAUGUGACAGUUGAUAGGGAUGCUCCAUCUUCAUGGGAAACAUUCAGGUUGUGGAGAGUAUCACAAUCAGAAUUUCAAUUCCGUACCGCACAAGGCCAAUUCCUUACAUGUGAUGGUGGAGGCUGCACUGUCUCUGCAACAGCAAAAUCGCCUUCAACAUCAGAGACAUUUGAAGUUCAGCGAAACGAGAAAAAUAGGAUUCACAUCAAAAUAAAGAACGGGCCCUAUCUGCAGGUUACAACUGGAAAUCAGCUCACAGCAAACUAUCAUGGGGCACCGGGAUGGGAUGAUAAUUCAGCCACAUUUGAAAUAACAAUUGUAUCAAAUAACCUUCAUGGAGAUUAUCAGCUAGCAAAUGGUUAUGGACAUGAUAGCGCAGAAGAUGUUCUUAGGAGACAUAGAAAUAGCUUUAUUACAAUAGAGGAUUUCAAAUUUCUAUAUGAACAUGGAAUAAAUACGGUGAGGAUUCCGGUUGGGUGGUGGAUUGCUUUUGAUCCUGAUCCUCCAAGUCCAUUUAUUGGAGGAAGUCUUGAAGCUCUAGAUAAUGCAUUUUCAUGGGCACAAGAAUAUGAUAUAAAAUGCAUAAUUGACCUUCACGCUGCUCCUGGUUCACAAAAUGGGAUGGAACAUAGUGCAAGCAGGGAUGGAUUUACAGGAUGGCCAACUUCUCCUGAUUACAUUUCAAAGUCAUUACAUGUUAUCGAGUUUUUAAUUUCUCGAUAUGCGAAGCAUCCUGCCUUGCUUGGAAUUGAACUUUUGAAUGAACCAUCCGCUGGCACAGUUUCGUUAGAUAUUUUAGUUUCCUACUACAAGCAAGGGUAUCAAAUUGUUCGUAAAUACUCGUCGUCGGCUUAUGUGAUAGUGUGCCAGCGAAUUGGCAACGCAGAUCCUUUGGAGCUUUAUCAAGCCAACAUAGGAUCCACCAAUUUAGUUUUGGAUUUGCAUUUCUACAACCUUUUUGACGCAUUCUUUGUUAAUAUGAGUGCCCGGGAUAAUAUACAAUACAUAUACAAAAGUAGGGAAGAUAUGUUGCAGGCCUUCAACAAUUCAAACGGCCCACUAGUUUUUAUAGGAGAGUGGGUGAAUGAGUGGAAUGUGGCGAGCGGAUCCCAAACAGAUUAUCUGGAGUUUGGAAAGGCACAGUUAGAUGUGUAUAAUGCAGUGUCGUUUGGUUGGUGUUAUUGGACUAUAAAGAAUGAUAGGGAGCACUGGGAUUUUGAAUGGAACAUUAGGAAAAACUAUCUUCAAUUUGGUAACUCCCCCAGAAAACAAAACAUAUACACUCUGGGAUUGUUUGGAUUGGCUUUCACCUGGUUUUGUCUUCAAUUUUUGUGACACAACUCUUACCUGGAUUGAUAGCAUAUUUGAGGCACCUGGUACACAUUACUGGAAAAUUGAAGUUGAAGAAUGCAAUAGUUUAGGUUAUGUACCAUUUUUUUAUGCAUACACACUCGAAUAAAACUUAGAAGUUUGGUUGAUAUUCAAAGUCAUUAUUACACAUGGUCUAUUCAAAUAGGACUACAGGAUCAUUCAAAAUAGAAAUUUAUGCAACAUGAGGAGUCUGAAAUAACUCGUGCCAUGCAAAUAGAUGAAUGCACCAUGGCGGUUUCUUUAAGAAAAUCUAAAGCAUACUAAAAUUUAUUUGUUGCAUUGAUAUGUGUAAAAGCCAGUAUGACCAUACUCUUGGAAAGACACAUGUGAAAGACUAAUCAAGUGUGUUUAGAACGUGAAAAAGAGGAGUGCACUCGGAACAGUAUAGGGACUUAGAGUAUUCAAGUCAUUUAUAUAAUAGGUGUUUUCUUAAAGAGUGUUAGAAGUAUAUCUUACAAUCUUAAGUGAUGAAUAGAAAAGAAAUAUUGCAAAUACUAAAAAUAAAUAAUCAGAAAUCAGUUAGGAGAUUGAGCCGGCGGCGGUGUGACAAUGAGUUUGGUUUUGAUUUUGGAUUUCUUUGUUUUGAUUCGUGGAUCCAUUCGUUCAUGAGUUGAGUUUUGAGUUUGUCAUGAAUCUGUUGGGUUUUAGCCGUUAUCGAUAUGUAUCUCUUGUAUUCUUGCUAUCACAACUUUCAGAACUUUACAACUGAAGACAAAGGGAAAAG